CGGUGGCACAGCUGGCAGAUCGGUGCGAUUGAGCCCCUCCCCCAGUAGCACAGCCCAGACUGACAGGGAGCGGAGGGAGGAGAGACAGUCUGGGCAUCUCACAGCCGGGAGCGCCACCAUGUCCCGGGGAGUCACCCCCAGCCGCUAAACCUUCCCCCCAGCCCCCGGCAAUGAGCCCAUCUGCCCCCGCCCCGGGCUGCUGCAGGGAAGAUGCCGGCCCCAAGCCCCAGCACUGGCAGUGCCAUUGAUUUAAGACCCAUCUUCCACUCUACGCUGCCAUGGCAAAGUUAGAAUCAAGAUCCGUCCUGAGCGACACAGCCUACCAGAGCCAAGAAUCCUUCCACUCAUUCGUUAGCAGGUCCUCUGAGUCGCCUCCCCACUGCACUAUGGGAAGUGUGGGCAGCGGAGUGGCCAACGACCAAGAGUUCCCAAUGAAGAGCGUAGGGACUAGGACUCAGAACAGCCUCAAGCAAAACGACAGCUCCAGGAACGGCUACUCCAACCGCUACUCGGGGGAGGAGAAAAUCUACAAGUUGGACAAAAACACCGGCAUGUACAUCAACGGCGAGCAGCGCAAAUGUGAAAAGAUGAAGACGGACCCAUGCGGCAACGUUAGUGCCAACAAUGAAAAGAAUAUGCCACAGGCAGCUCAGUACAGGGAGUCCAAUCCCCCAAAGAUAGUACCUGUCUCUGGAAAGUUGGAGCAGAGCAAUGAACCUUUGGUAAGACCUUCUGCCUUUAAACCUGUAGUUCCGAAAAACUUCCACUCCAUGCAGAAUUUGUGUCCGCCCUUGAACAAUGGAGUAUCCGAGAACAGAAAGAGCUCAAACCAUGGGAACAGCAAUAGCCCAGCCGCCAUGAAAAAUAGUCUUGAGAAGUCAAGCCACAACAGGUCGUCCAACCAGGUAGGAGGUCUCUCAGAUUCCGGCCGGAAUUCUCUGACAAGCUUGCCAACUUAUGGGAGCGGCUACAGCCAGCAUGUUGGCCCAAUGAGUGCGUCAACGAGCCAUAUCAAUCGCAUUGGCACUAGCUAUAUUGAAAAGAACAUAGUGGGUUAUAAUGGAACAACUACCUCAGAGAGUGGACGAUCUUCUAGCAAGAGUGCCUCCUCUUUUAGUAGACUGAAUCAUCUCAAUGAGACAUUGCCUUUCCACUCACCAUCAAGUGAUGACAUUAUACAAGAUUUAGAAGAUCGACUGUGGGAAAAGGAACAGGAAGUCAUACAGAUGAAGAGAAGCUUGGACAAAAGCGAGGCGGCCAUCUUCCAAGUCUUCGAAGAGAAGCAGAAGAUCUGGGAGCGCGAAAUGGAGGAUUUGAGACAAAAUUAUGCCAACAAGCUUCAGCAAGUCUCGAAGAAAGCGCAAAGAGCCCAGCAGGCUCUGCAACUGCAGAUAUUUAAGCUUCAGCAAGAGAAGAAAAAGCUGCAAGAGGAUGUGGCCCAACUUCUACAGGAGAGAGAGGAAAUGGAGAAAAAAUGCAUGGCUUUCAAAAAGGAGCAGGCAGAGUUCCUUCCUAAAAUAGAGGAAACCAAGUGGGAGGUGUGUCAGAAAGCAGGAGAGAUUUCUCUUCUGAAGCAGCAGCUGAAAGACUGCCAGGCAGAUCUCUCCCAGAAACUAAAUGAGAUUGUUGGCCUUAGAACACAACUUAAGGAAGCCAAGGCCUUUUUAAGGGAAAAGGAGGAACAGAUUGCUUCUAUUAAAGACUCUUAUAGCUCCAAGAGCGUUAGCCUAGAGAUCUGUGAGAAUGAAAUGCAGAGGAAGCAAAGUGAAGCUCAGCAGAUGAAAGAGAAGCUGAGCCAAUGUGAACAAGAGAUCUCAAGCUUGAAAGAAGCAUUGGCAAGCCUUGGACAAAACCCAUACACCAUAGAGCUCAAUGAAAAGUUGAGGGAUACUCUUGCCUGUGAAAGUGAUGAGGCCAAAAUGAAACGCCAAAACGAGGACAGUGUCAUUAGUCUGAAGAAGGAUAUAGAGAGGCUCCAGCUGGAACUAACCGUAGAGAAGCAGCAAAGGGAUCAGCAAGUGGUGGACUUUGAGGAGGAGAGACAUACCUGGCAAGAGGAGAAAGAAAAAGUCAUUAAGUACCAGAAGCAGCUUCAGCUCAACUACGUCGAGAUGUACCAGAAAAACCAACAGCUCGAGCAACGGAUGGCUGAAAUCACCACCAAGGUGACCACACCUCCAGCAGAAGAAAAAAAAGUGUGGACACCUUCCAGGCUUGAGCGAAUAGAGUCCACGGAGAUAUGAGAGAUGGUGGAUCACAUACACACAGCUAGAUUCUCACUGUGCAUGUGCAGCCUAUUCCAACUCAUGGUCAUCAUGGGGAAACAAUUCAAAUAGACCCUUCGGCAAUGAGGAGACCAGCAGCUGCAACCUUGGCCAGGUCCUCUCGCUAAGCAGAAGGCAUCCGAGCAAGGGGAACGAAUGCUGCCCAAUUGAAAAUGAAGAACAUGUGGUAUACCGUGUGUUAUGCGAUGUAUCUGUUUUCCCUGUUGCACGCACUUUUCUCUGCCUGUACGGCGUCGGGGGUAUUGCCCCGGGCAGUGCCCUCGUGCUGAUGCCCUCGUGCAGAGGUGAGGCACUCUGUGACUGUUAAUUGGCCCCUUUCUCUUUUUUUGGGACUUGUGCAAAGAAAAAGUCAAAAGUGACUUGGAUGGGGGGAUAUUUUAGCCAUAUUGGCUAGUGGAGGGAAGGUUGGAUGUGCUGUAUAAUCUAGCUAUCUACCUAUACUAUGAAUUCAUAAAGAAUUCUAGCCACUGUUUACUGUGAAUUAUCCAAAAACAUAUUUUUCUUUAAGAAUUA